UUAUAGGAUUGACCCUCAGAGUUUUGAGCUCUCAGGAGUCCGUUAUUCUAUCGAGGAAAUCCUUCAGUCAACCAACCGAUGUUUUUAUCAAUGAUGGCGCAUACGUUGAGGACAUCAGUGUUAUUGGUGUUACUAGCGGUGUGCUUAACAGGAGUUAGAGCUGAGGUUACGUGCCCGGCCAACGAAUUCACUUGCAACAAUCAGAGGUGUAUUACAAUCCGCUGGCGCUGUGACCAGGAGGAUGAUUGCGGUGACAACUCAGACGAGCAGGGUUGCCCCGAACUCACCUGCGCCGAGACCGAGUUCCGCUGCAACAACUCCGUCUGUAUCCCCCAGCGCUGGGCCUGUGACGGGGAUAGUGAUUGCUCGGAUCACUCGGACGAGGCUUCGUGCGGGCAAACGCCCUCCAUGCGCUGCACUGAAGGAGAGUUUACUUGCACCUACGGGGACUGCAUUCCCGAGUCGUGGCACUGCGACGGGGAUAGGGACUGUACUGAUGGAUCGGAUGAGCUGGAUUGUCCUGAGGUAACUUGCCCAGCCAACGCAUUCACUUGCAACAAUCAGAUGUGUAUUUCAAUGCGCUGGCGCUGUGACCAGGUGGAUGAUUGCGGUGACAACUCAGACGAGCUGGGUUGCUCCGAGCCCCCCUGCGCCCCGACCGAGUUCCACUGCAACAACUCCGUCUGUAUCCCCCAGCGAUGGGUCUGUGACGGGGACAGUGAUUGCGUUGAUCAGUCGGACGAGCCAGCUUCGUGCGGGCAAACGCCCUCCAUGCGCUGCACUGAAGGAGAGUUUACUUGCACCAACGGGCACUGCAUUCCCGAGUCGUGGCACUGCGACGGGGAUAGGGACUGUACUGAUGGAUCGGAUGAGCUGGAUUGUCAUCUGGAGAUUUGUGCUGAAUUCCAGUUUACUUGUGACAAUGGAAUGUGCAUUAACGGAUCCAAACUGUGCGACUCUGUCGGUGAUUGUGAUGAUGGUUCUGAUGAGGCCAGAUGCUCUGUACCUGCAAAUCGUUGCCAUGAGCACACUGAGUUCCAAUGCCCAAACGGAGCCUGUAUUUCAAUGGACCAGGUCUGCGAUCAGCAGAACGAUUGCGGAAGCUGGGAGGAUGAACCAAUGGGCACCAUUUGUUAUACCAACGAGUGUGAAGAAAACAACGGAGGCUGCCAUCACAUCUGUAACGACCUCCCUAAUGGUGCCUACUGCUCCUGUCGCUCCGGCUACGAGCUCGUCAACGAUCUCUGUGUCGACAUCGACGAAUGUGAGACCAUCCCUGGCAGCUGCAGUCAGGGCUGCGACAACUUAGAAGGUCACUACAAGUGUAAUUGCGACGACGGCUACAUCCUGGAGAACAACCAGUUCUGCCGAGCCACGGGACCUGACCCUCUGAUCUUAUUUGCCAACCGACACGACAUCCGUUCAUUUGAUGCCCAUACCAAAAGCUAUACGCUGCUCUACUCCAACCUUGAGAGUGUCGUGGCUUUGGACUUUGACGUGCAGACCAACACACUCGUGUGGACAGACGUGGCUGAUGAAAAAAUCUACAAGGGCGUGAUCCAGACUGACGACACAAACACUCCAACUACGCUCGUGGACCGCAUCGAGACUGCUGAUGGUAUCGCCAUGGAUUGGAUCUAUCGUAAGGUCUACUGGACCGACACUGGUAGCAACUCGGUGGGCGUGACAUGCUUCAACACUGGCGACACAAAGACUCUCUAUACUGAGAACAUCGACGAACCAAGAGCUAUUGUUGUGGAUCCAGAAUCUGGGUUCAUGUUUUGGACGGAGUGGGGACAGCACCCGCUCAUUGAGAGGACAGGCAUGAACGGCGACUUCCGUUCCUCGAUCGUUACUAUUGAGAUACAGUGGCCCAACGGCAUGGCCAUCGACUAUGCAAGUGAGAUGCUGUACUGGAUCGACGCCAAGCUACAUACCCUCAGCACCGUAGAUUUCAACGGCAACAACCGCCGCACCAUCCUGGAGAGCCACUCCCUCCUGCCUCACCCGUUCUCCAUCUCCGUCUUCGAGGACCACGUCUACUGGACGGACUGGAACAGAGAGUGCAUCACGAGAGCUAAUAAAUUCACCGGCAUGGAUCGGGAAACACUCCUGACAAAACUCUACUCACUCAUGGAUAUUAAGGUCUACCAUCCACUCCGACAGCCAAACCGUACAUCAAGCCGUUGUGGAAGCAACAACGGUGGUUGUUCCCACCUAUGCGUUGCUGCACCCCAAAUAUCAGAGGCCUCAGCUACAUACAGCUGUCUCUGCCCCAACGGCAUAUCUCUCCUUCCAGACGAGCGUACCUGUGAAGGUUCCUUCCCCAAACCAACCCAUACCAACACGCCUGAACCCAACCCCAAGCCCACGACCAUGACCUAUGACACCAACAUGCCUAACUCCAAGUUCGUACAUCCUGAUGACAUCAACGUGGUCACACAGAAACCACAAGUGUACACAUUAAGUGUAUACAAAAUAUUACACAGGCUGUGUGAAAUGUUACGUAUUUGCAAUGUGCCGUACGAACCUCUUAAUGAAUAGUAGUUAGGUAAAACUUAAUAGUUAGGCACAACAGGCGUUGGGUAAGGUUUUUAACAAUUUUUGGUAAAAUUGUACUUCGAAAACUUGUAAAUUUAGUUAGUUUUGGUAAAAAGAGCCAUGACCCCCUGCUAUAAAAAACAUAUUUAAACAAAUAAUUAUAAAGACAUUUAACGAACGCUAACCCGACGCUAAUUACGAGUAGGAGUACGAAAUACGAGUAUGUGUAUUAGGUUGUUCGAAAUUCCUCUCAAAAAGUCUUAAAAACUUUUCCUCAAAUAAUUCAGGGGGAAAGGGGCUAGUGGUCGCCUCAGAUUGCACCACAGAGCAUCUGUGGUCCAAAUUUUCCUGGGGUCCUUAAGCGGGCCGCGGACCCCAUGCCGUAUAAAACCCAUUUUUUGACCAAUAAAAUCUUUGUACUGUGUUGCGUUUCGCAAGAAGUAAAAUCAGGCAAUACAAAGGAAUAAAAAACAUACAAGGCAAAAUAAAAAUUGAAUACAUGUAAUUAACUUAGUCCACUAGACAUUUAUAAAGCAGGCAACAAUUUUUUGGUAGUAGGGGCGGAUCCAGUGGGGGGACAAGCCCCCCAUUUUGUUCCUUCAAAAAUUAAAGCAAGAUUCAGAAAGUAAGAGAGAAUAUUAAUAGAGAGGUAUAUUAAUAGAGAGGUAUAUUAAUAUCUUUGUAAAAAAAUAGGUAAAGUUUUACAGAAUCUUUGGUAAAAAUUUGAAAGAUUAAAAUGUAUCUAUCCAUUACGAUUAGGUAGAGUUGUUGCCCUAUAUACUUGUAAGUAGAGUUUCUUUAAUUAAAUAAUUACAUUUCCAUUUAUAUAAUUAAGUGACGUCUGAUUCCUCUCAGUGACUAGAUCCGGAAUGGCGAUACUCCCGGUUGAAUAAGUGUUGGUCCAAUCUUACUUUCUUCUCAGAAACCAAAACAA